CACAAUAACAGCCAACACCUACAUAUGCAAUUGGGCGUUUCUUGGGGCCCACGGCAGGAUGUCGGAGCACGAAAAGCUCUGUAGGCCCCUUAUGGAGUGGCAUGUCCGCGAGAGCUUCUACUCGUCGUAACCUCCAUUCUUGUCUCACAUCACCAAGCGGGUUACAUGUCGAACUUCAAAGUUAUCAUCAUAGGGGCCGGCCCCACAGGCUUGACAGCCGCUCAUUCGCUGUCCAGGGCAGGGAUCGACUUUGUCGUGCUCGAGCGACGGCCCGAGGUCGUCGAGGACGUCGGCGCGUCUCUGGCCCUGUUCCCGUACACCCUGCGUCUGCUGGCACAAUUCGGACUAUACGAGAAAGUGCGAGAGGUAGGCCAUGAGCUCCUGCGAUGGGCAGACUACACAAAUCUGGGGAAGUUUAUGGAAAGCUUUCACCCCCAUGCGUUAAGAGAGAACCACGGCACGUACCCGUUCUUAAUUCACCGAGCAGAUUACAUCCAGACCAUUUACGAUGGACUCAGUGAACAGGACCGGGCGCGUGUCCAUACCAACAAGAAGCUUCAGAGCAUCGAGGAUGUGGGCGACGGUGUAGUAGCCACCUGCACCGAUGGGUCGACAUACGAAGGGUCCAUUGUUCUUGGUGCCGAUGGAGUGCACAGCCAGACCCGAACGCUCAUGAGGGAACUGACAUUGAGGAAAUCCCCGGACGCCGAUGUGAACGACAUUGCGCCCUUCCAACACUCGUACAAGACCAUGUGGUGCUCGUUCCCGAGGCGCUGGGAGUUCCCACCGGGUGAUCACUGCAUCACUCACGGCAACCUGGCCUCGCUCCAGCUCAUCAACGGCCGCAACCGCGCGUGGCUGUUUUUGUACGAAAAGCUCGAAGCAGCUUCUACCGAACGCGUGGAUUUCACCGAGGAGGACAUGAAGGAGUUCGCCUCCAAGCACGCGGAUAUGAAGAUCGGAGACCGCCUCCGGGUCAAGGACGUCUUCCCCCACAGGACAUCCGCCGGCAUGGCGAACCUCGAGGAAGGCAUCUUGAAGCACUGGAGCAGCGGCCGCAUCGUCCUGGCCGGCGAUGCCGCCCACAAAUUCACGCCCAACGCCGGGCUCGGCUACAACAACGCGGUGCAGGACGUCAUUGUGCUCGUGAAUGAGCUCAAUCGCCUCCUCAAUUCCGGCGACAAGGAGGUCGUGCCUAGCGAGGCCGAUCUGGCUGCCCUCUUUCACCGGUAUCACGUUGCUCGCAAGGAGGGGGUCGAGGAGGACUACCUGUUCUCAUGGCGCAGCACUCGGCUGUGCGCAUGGCCGAACACGGGGUACUGGCUGUUUGACCAAUAUGUGAUCCCCGCCAUUCCUGAUUUCAACAACCUUUACAUAAAGCUUGUAGGCUCGCCCACGAUCAGCAAAGUGCCGUGUCUGGAUUUCAUAGAAGGCGAGGAGCCAUUUGAAGGCAAGGUGCCGUGGGUGCACAAAACUAAGAAGCCAGGGAAUUAGCGAGUUGCUUAAACGACUAGUCCACUCGUAUCAAGAUUUCACAACAAGAACCAAAACUGAAUAGGUCUCAGUUGGAAACGAGUCGCUGGUAUUAGGUAUCUGGUAGCUGUACAGGAAGAGAAGCUCCGGUCAUUCCUGGGUGUUCCAGGAACGCCUCUAAUCAUCCAUCCCGUUUAACGCUA